CGUACAUUCAGCUUACCUACCUUUUUUUUCCCUUGCCGUCUUGGAAUGGUACCUCGAUACGAACCCAGCUUUUUCCCUUCUCACGGACCCUUACACAAAAUAACCGAAGAAUUAGGAAUAUGGAAGGACCCUUACGCCCAUUCACCGAUCCGGCCAGUAAGGCCUCGGACAGGGCAUUCCCGCUGGAUGAUAAGGACAUCAAUUGCGUCUCCGAUGAAUCUCUCAUCGACCUCUUCAAGUCUUCUCCGAUCCUUUACGAUUUCGGCCAAACGACGGUGGUGCGAUUGUCUAAGAAUCUCGUUUUAAAAGGCGGCGGCAAUGUGCUGCCUUGCGAGGCAAAGGUCCUUCAACUAGUCGCAUCAAAGUCCAAUAUUCGAGCUCCUCGUGUCCAUCGGUCUCUCCACUUCAUGGACGAUACGAAAUAUUUUGGCACCAUGGGAUAUAUUGUGAUGGAUUAUAUCGACGGCGAGCCGCUUGAUGGCUGCUGGAGAGAUCUCAGUGAUGAACAAAAGAUGGAUGUCGCGAAGCAGACGGCCCAGAUGAUCAUCGAAAUGCAGUCCAUCAAGCUGUUGGAGCCAGGCCCGAUCGGCGGGGGCCCAUGUCGCGGUCGCUUCUUCACGCACUACAGCGCCGGGCCUUUCAAGGACGUGGCCGAAUUCGAGGGCUGGUUCAACCACAAGCUGGACAUCUGUAAAACAUACAAGCACGCAUCGUCAGACCUUCCGCCCUUCAAGUUCACCGAGUUUGUUCUCACCCACCAGGACAUCAGUCCGCGGAACCUUAUUCUGGACCGAAACGGCCUUGUGUGGCUCGUGGACUGGGCAGAUGCGGGUUCGUAUCCCCCGGCCUUCGAAAUGGCAGCUCUAUGCUCUCAGUCUCAGUUCAUCGACUUUAAUGACAUGGUGCUGUCAUUACUCCCGCGAUACCCUUUGGAAGAACAGCAAUUAGAUUCCAUUGGAUACGCCCUUUCAACAGCUGCACUGGCUUGAUUAUUCCUGGAUGGACGCCGCCUUAAACAUACCCAGUCGUCCUCAGCUUGGCGAUUCUCGCUCGAACCACAUUUUCACUACGACGGAAGCGUACUGCUCUCAAAAACCCGUUGUUCAGACACCCAUUAAGUGGAUACAACCAACCAGGGCAGAAGAACGGUCUCAACGCAGCAGAUGUACACAACAGUCCACGACCACUGCGCAGAUCUACAUGUCCUAAGCCCGACCUUCGGUUAUUCCGCCUUGACUCGUAUCGUCGCUCCACUCCAGUAGCCUCAGAAAUAGUGCUAAGAAUUAGUUUGUUGGAAGCAUCAGAAUGAAUCAUGGAUAUGAGUUGGGAAGUAUCCUCUUGGUCAGCACGGCGUAGAAGAUGUAAGAAUCGUUCUAGAAUAUUUGUAUUAUCUCAUAGUUAUGGUAUCUCGCACAGUCCUUGGUAUCCAACAUAUUCUACGCUCUCCCGUGGGCAAUUGUGUGUCGGGUCAUUGGCCUCAACCCGAAUACUGCGAGAUCGUAGUCGUCCUAUAAUCCACACACAUUACGAGGAUAUAUAAACGCAAUCUUGUAGGAGGUUUGGUGAUGAAAGAGACAUGGAGAAAUAUUACCUGAGGGUUCAGGUGUCUCAUAACUCUUUUUGCGCCCGCCUCC